UUCAACUCCAUCGCUCUUACCACCGCCUUGCUGGCAGGAUCCAGCAUGGCCGAAAUUAUCUGGGAUGGUCGCUUUAACGACAAGUCCGCCGCAGAAAUCAACGAGUGGUCUUGGAACAACCAAGUUGGUGCAUACCAAUACUACAUUCAUGGAUCUGGUGCAACCACCGACUACGUCAACAUCAGCCCUGACUACGCCAACCCUGCCGAUUCCUCGUCCUCGGAUGGUGCUCGCAUCACCGUCGAUGGUACCUCUUCCUGGAACGGUCAGACCAUGAUGCGCACCGAGCUUAUUCCUUCCACCAAGGCAGCCAUCAACAAGGGCAAGAAAUACUACCACUUCAGUCUCAAGCGUGGCACUGAGAAUGCUCCUGAUGCCACUGCUGAACAUCAAAUCGGUUUCUUUGAGUCCCACUUCACUGAGCUCAAGUACGGUGUUGAUGGCAGCGAUGGAAAGCUGCAGUGGAUGACCGAUGGCAAGUCUCAAUUUGACAUGGAUUUUGAAGCCGAUGUCUGGCACAACGUCGCCUAUGGUAUCGACUUUGACGCCAGCACCGUUGAGUUCUUCCACUCCACUGGUGCUGAUAAGUUGGUGUCCAAGGCUGGUCCCAUGAAAGCUUCUGUCAGCUCCAAUGGUGCUGAUUGGCACGUUGGUGUGCUCAAGUUCUCCAAGACCAAGGAGGAUUGGUUCUUCAGCAGUGUCUACAUCGAGGACGGCGAGUUGACUACUUCGAUCUCUGCUUCCGGUGGUGAUGCCCCCGCUAAGGCCUCCUCUGCUCCUGCUGCCUCUUCUACUACUGCCGCCUCUUCCAAGGCUCCUAUCGUCGUGCCUUCAUCUUCUGCCGCAGCUGUCACGACCACCUCUACUGAAGCUUCUUCUUCUUCUGCCACUGCCGUCAAGAGCUCGGCUACAGCCGUUCCCACU